UCUCCUUUGGUUUCCCGAGCCGUCACUGGUAUUGACGCGAGCGUGACGUGGCUAAUCCAUCUGGGAGACAAAAAGAGGAGUAACAUUAUGAACAUUUUGACGUUUUAUCCCCUCUAAGACUAUAAGAGUACACCGAAUCAUAAACUAGCACAGUGGACGUACAUAUUUGUGUUGUUGGUACGAGGGAAACUUUGCACGGAGGCUAGCGGAACCGCUAGCAUCCGCACUUUGACGGCAGGCGAAGAAGUGACGAGGCAUGCGAUAAGACCUGACCAUGUCGGACAACCAAGCUACCGCGUGCGAGGUUCGGGACACUGAGACGCCCGACGGCUCCCCGCCGACCUCGCCCGACGUGUCGACGGACGUGGCGCCCACCAGGAAAGCCAGGAGGAGGGCGGAGCCUAAAGCUGAACCCGAGGAGACACCCAAAGUGGAGGAGCAGCCGGCAAAGGUCGUCGUCAAUCACGGAAGGGCACCCAGUCAGUCUCCAGUUGCCCAGGGAGGCUGGGGUUACUGGGGCAACUGGGGCAAAUCCAUCCUGUCCACCGCCUCAGCCACUGUGGCCACUGUGGGCCAGGGACUGACCCAAGUCAUCGAGAAGGCCGAGACGUCGCUGGGCAUCCCGAGCCCCGCUGAGCUCUCGGCCCACGCGGAAGACGAGGACGAGGAUGAGCAGAAAGGAGGCGAGACGGAACGGGCGGCCAGGGAUGGCGCCACGGCGGUGGGCAGCGCCAUGGGGAUGCUCACGUCGCUCACCAGCGUCGUUCAGAACACCGGUAAGACGGUGAUCAGCGGCGGCCUGGACGCUCUGGAGUUCAUUGGGAAGAAGACGAUGGACGUGAUCGCCGAGGGGGACCCCGGCUUCAAGAAAACCAAAGGACUGAUGAUCAGGAACUCCACCCUGUCACAGGUGCUGAGGGAGGCCAAGGAGCGAGAGGAGCUUCGAACGGAGGAGUCGCUGGCCUCUGAGAAGAAGGUGGUGGCUCACUACGGAGUGCUCUUUGACCAGUACCAGGGCCUGGCCCAUCUCGAAGCUCUGGAGAUGCUGUCUCAGGAAAGCGAAUCCAAGGUGAAAUCGGUGCUGACCACGCUGUCGGGAAAUGAGCAGCGCACUCUCAGGGAAGAGCUGGAGCUCAUCAAAGAAGCUUUCUCCAUGACGGAAUUUGACGACGAGGACGUGGAUGAGAAGAAAGACCAAGACGGCGCCGAGUUCGAGGCCGAUCUCGCCCGCACCCUGGAGGGUCUCAGCGUUUCCGCCACAGCCGAUAAACUCAGCAAGGCUUGUAAAGACGCGUGCGGCGUGAUCCUGGACCUGAGCGAAACGGCGCAGGACGACCGGGGCGACCAGGACGAAAGCACCAAGCUAACCGUGGAGGAGGUGAACGCCGCCGCCAUCAGGAGCCUGGCCGAGCUGACGGCGCGCUCCAUCGAGCUUUUCCACAAGCUGGGCGAGAGCCUGCUGCUCGCCGACGGCGGCGCGGAGGCCGACGCCCUGUCACAGCUGACUGUGGUGCUGUGCAAAGAAGUCUCGCUGCUCUCCAAGAAGUUCACGACCUGUUUAACGGCGGCCGGGGUAAACGAGAAGGGAGAAGUCCUCAACCCGCUGAUAACGGGAGUCUUCUUAGAGGCGUCCAACAGCGCGUCGUACAUCCAGGACGCCUUCCAACUCCUUCUGCCCAUCCUGGAGAUCUCACACAUCCAGAGAAGAUCCAACACGCCUGACGCCUGAAUAGGAGACCUGCGUUUUUAUUUUCAUUUUAAUUUUUCCUCGUCAUAACAGUGUUAAGCAUGUUUUUGGGGAUAUGAGUUCAACUGUCAGCUCGCCACUGCAAAACUAUUUACCACUGCUGCGACCGUUCGGGUUGUUAACGAAAAAAGAGACGAGUCCCUCAAGAAUCUCAAAACUCAGGUGGGUCAUAUAUGAUUGUGGGCGCAGGGGGAUAUCAAGUGUUUUAAAAAUAAAACAUUUUGGAGA